GCUCGGACUGGGUUUACAAUUCAGGCAAGGGUUAAUAAAAAGAGGGAGUGAGCAAGAUUUUGCAAGGAAUUAAACCCAGGCGAAGGCGCCUAGGGGAAAGAGCCUGUUACCAGCCCCAGGACUGUAGGUCACUAGUGCCUGUACUUGCUGCCAAGGUUUAUUAGGUCGUUGUUUGAGCUGAGGAAAAUAAAUAGCAUGACAAGCUGGAGUCAGAGCAGGCGGGGAAACUGCCUGACUCAAAACUGAGCGUGGAGCCAGCGCCGUUUCCUCCGGCCGGCCCCGCUCGCCGUGUGCGUGUCACACACCCAGACUCAUGAUUCAUCUCCUGGACCGCUCAAAACCUCUGUCUGCCCCAGCGCUGCUCCCCAUCGCUCCUGGCGGGGCCAGUCCCACCACGCUCAGGGUUUGCAGGAGAAGAUGGGAAAACUCUCCGCGGCGCUCGGGAUCCUCGUGUUCUGCGCUGCUGGCACCUGGGGGGGUAACAUCUGUACCACACGUGGGGUGAACUCCUGCAAGCAGUGCCUGGCCGUGAGCCCCCUCUGCGCCUGGUGCUCGGCAGAGGUCAUGGCACAAUCGUCCCCUCGCUGCGACCUCUACGCCAACCUCCUGCAAAACGGCUGCGGACACGACGACAUCGAGUUCCCCACCAGCAGUGUCACCAUCCUGGAGGACCGACCCCUCAGCGACAAGGGCUCUGGGGGUUCCACCACCACCCAGAUGAGUCCCCAGAGAAUCAAGCUGAACCUGCGGCCGGAUGACUCCCAGAUCUUUCGUGUCCAAGUGCGGCAAGUGGAAGACUACCCCGUGGACAUCUACUACCUGAUGGACUUGUCCAACUCCAUGAAGGAUGAUCUGAGGAAUAUCCAGAACCUGGGCACCAAGCUGGCCAGCGAGAUGCGCAAACUCACCAGCAACCUCCGCAUCGGCUUUGGGGCCUUUGUGGACAAGCCCAUUUCCCCAUACAUGUACAUUUCUCCUCCACAAGCCAUCACCAACCCUUGCUAUGAGAUCGGAGAAAUCUGCCUGCCCAUGUUUGGCUACAAACACGUGCUGUCGCUCACGGAUGAGGUGACCCGCUUCAAUGAGGAGGUGCAGAAGCAGAGCGUCUCACGGAACCGCGAUGCACCCGAGGGCGGCUUUGAUGCCAUCAUCCAGGCCACCGUGUGCGAUGAGAAAAUCGGCUGGAGGAACGAUGCUUCCCACCUGCUCGUGUUCACCACAGAUGCCAAGACCCACAUCGCUCUGGACGGCAGGCUGGCCGGCAUCGUGCAGCCCAACGAUGCCCAGUGCCACAUUGACAAGGAUAAUUUCUACUCUGCCUCCACCACACUGGACUAUCCCUCUCUGGGCCUGAUGACUGAGAAGCUCUCACAGAAGAACAUCAACCUGAUCUUUGCCGUGACCGAUACAGUUGUUGGCCUCUACCAGAACUACAGUGAGCUGAUCCCAGGCACAACCGUUGGCACCUUGUCCAGAGACUCCAGCAACGUCCUGCAGCUCAUCGUGGACUCCUACGGGAAAAUCCGCUCCAAGGUGGAGCUGGAGGUGCGAGACCUUCCUGAAGAGCUGUCCCUGGCCUUCAAUGCCACCUGCCUCAAUGAUGAGGUCAUCCCUGGGCUCAAGUCGUGCAUGGGGCUCAAGAUUGGUGACACGGUGAGCUUCAGCAUCGAGGCCAAGGUGCGGGGGUGCCCACGGGAGCACCAGAAAUCCUUCACCAUCAAACCCGUGGGCUUCAAGGACAGCCUGACAGUGGUGGUGAACUUCGACUGCAACUGCUCCUGCGAGAGCCAAGCCCAGGCCAACAGCUUGUCCUGCAGCCAAGGCAACGGCACGCUGGAGUGCGGCGUCUGCCGCUGCAACCCCGGGCGCCUGGGCUCGCACUGUGAGUGCUCGGAGGAGGAGUACAACCCCUCGCAGCAGGACAACUGCAGCCCCCAGCCAGGCCAGCCCCUCUGCAGCCAGCGCGGAGAGUGCAUCUGUGGGCAGUGUGUGUGUCACAGCAGUGACUUCGGGAAGGUGACGGGCAAGUACUGCGAGUGCGAUGACUUCUCCUGUGUCCGCUUCAAGGGCCAGAUGUGCUCAGGCCACGGGCAGUGCAGCUGCGGGGACUGUCUGUGUGACUCGGACUGGACUGGCGACUAUUGCAACUGCACCACCCGCACCGACACCUGCAUGUCCAGCAACGGGCUGGUGUGCAGUGGCCACGGCUCCUGCGUCUGCGGCAAGUGCGACUGCACCCAGCCCGGCUCCUACGGCGACACCUGCGAGAAGUGUCCCACGUGCCCGGACGCCUGCACCAUCAAAAAGGAGUGCGUGGAGUGCAAGAAGUUUGAGCGGGGAGCGCUGAUGGAGCAGCAGUCCUGCAGCCGCAUGUGCCGAGACGAGAUCGAGACGGUGCAGGAGCUGGGUGACAGGGGCAAGGAUGCUGUGAACUGCACCUACAAGGAUGAGGACGACUGUGUGGUGCGGUUCCAGUACUACGAGGACUCCAGCGGCAAGUCCAUCCUCUAUGUCAUCGAGGAGCCUGACUGCCCCAAGGGGCCGGAUGUCCUGGUGGUCCUGCUCUCGGUGACGGGCGCCAUCCUGCUCAUCGGCCUCGCCGCCCUGCUCAUCUGGAAGCUCCUCAUCACCAUCCACGACCGGCGAGAGUUUGCCCGCUUCGAGGAGGAGAAGGCCAGGGCUAAGUGGGACACGGGCAACAACCCUUUAUACAAGGAGGCUACGUCAACCUUCACCAACAUCACAUACCGUGGGAACAAUUAAGGGUGUCGCAUCCAGUUCUGGCCCUGGGAUCAGCCAGGGGUCUGUGGGAUCCUCUGGAACCUGGUUUACAGAAGAGAUUGUGUGUGUCUGCGUGUAAUUUAAAAAUCCCUCAACUGUCUGUCACCCCACUGUAACUGCAGGAAUGUGCUUUCCACAGCGAACCUCUCGUCCUUACCUCAGCGGGUCGCCUCGCAGGAGCCGGCGGCCCCUCCAUACACUGAACGCGGAGAAAUGGGACUUUCUCUGCCCAGCGGGUCUGUGAACUGCAAGGUGCUCAUUGGGCCAAGAGGCUUUUUUGGGAGCAGCUGCUCAAGGUGAAGGCUGAGCUGUGCUCUCCUCCAUGGCUGGUGAAGCUCUGCCCCAUCGGAGAGUCCCCUCGUGCACUGGACAGAUGCCAACACCAGGGUCCAGGGGCUGUCUCCUUGGGGGACAGGGCAGCUCUGCUCGCUGCCAUCAUGGGGACGCUGCUCGAGCAACCCAGCUUCUUGCAGCCAUGUGUUUCUGGUGCUGCUGUCACCCAGGCUGGAGAAAAGCAAACGCCCCAGCAUCACGGUGCCUGAUCUCCUUCCCUCCACAUGCACUCAGGUUCCACCACCAGCCAAAUCCAUGUAGCAUCAUCAGCUGUGCUGGUCCCAGCUGCAGCCUGGCUCAGUCCCCACAAUGGUGCUGAGCUCGCCGUGUCCCUUUUCACUGUCCCCACGCCACAAAGCACAUGGAUGUGCAGGCAGCAGCUUGGGGAAGGUUGUGGUGCCUGAUGCCUCUCUCUUUUCUGUGCUAUUUGGGCUGCAGAAUUGCACCAUGCUUGGUUUUCCUCGUAGCUCAGGGUUCCAGAGGAGCAGGCAGGGUUCAGACCAUGCCCUGCUGCCUGGGGUUGUGUGUCACCUGUGGUUUGUGGGAAAAACGAAGCUGAGUUUGGCUGUACCGGUGCUGCUGCCUGGUCUGUGCCCCAGCCAGAGCAUGCUGGCUGUGUUCCCCUCAUUGCACCAAAAAGCAACAGUGACCCCCCCAGCAUGGAGCUGCCCCCAGGCUGAGUGGUGGCUGUGUCCCCUCUGUUCACUGCAGCAUGAGGGGCUGGCCCAGAGUGGGGGGCUGGAGGUGCAGCACCAGAACGGCAGCAAUUCACACCAUGAAAAUAAAGAAACUUCAAACUA